AUGGCUGCGAUACAUGUUAUGGGCAACUUCCCAAUUCAAGAAGUGCUGGAGAGUUCAUGUGAAGGCUUCGUGAUUGCCAAAAUCAACGGCAUCUUUGUAUGCAGCUGCUAUGCACCUCCACGAUGGACCGUGGAACGGUUCAGCCAUAUAAUGGAUCAGUUAACCGACAAGCUGAUUGGACGAAGGCCAGUAGUCAUAGCAGGUGACUUUAAUGCCUGGGCUGUGGAGUGGGGCAGUAGGGUGACCAACACAAGAGGAUAUGUCCUGCAGGAAGCUCUAGCGAAGCUAGACGUACGAUUGUGCAAUGAAGGCUCCGUGAGCACAUUUCGGAGAGACGGGAGGGAGUCUAUAAUUGACAUCACGUUCUGUAGCCCUUCACUGACGACAAACAUGGACUGGAAAGUAAGUGAAGACUACACCCAUAGCGACCAUCAGGCGAUACGUUACCGUAUCGGCCAACGAAACAAUGGUGGAACGCGGGGAAGGAUGACCAGCGAGAGGAAGUGGAAGACGAAAGCCUUCAAUAAAGACCUCUUCGUCGAGGCACUUCGAUCGGACAGUGGUACCGAGAUCGUAAAUGCAGUCGAGCUAACAAGGAAAAUGGUAACGGCUUGUGAUGCAGCAAUGCCACGUAAAUUGGAGCCAAGGAGCAAUCGGCGUCCAGCUUACUGGUGGAACGAGGGACUCAGUACGCUUCGUGCUGCUUGUCUCAGAGCCAGGAGGCGGGCACAGAGAGCGAGGACGGAACUAGAGAAAGAGGAGCGCAAUGCGGCGUUCCGGGUUGCUAGGACCGCUUUAAAAAGGCCAUCAAAGUUAGCAAGUCAGACUGCUACAAGGAGUUGUGUCGAGAAGCAGACGCCAACCCAUGGGGAUGCUUAUAGAGUCAUGAUGGCGAAGAUGAAGGGUCCGUCGACACCGGCCGAAAAGUGUCCGAUCAAGUUGAAGGAGAUCGUAGAGGGUCUUUUCCCGCAACACGACCCGACCACGUGGCCACCAAUACCGUACGGUGAAGAAGAAGAAACAAACGCUGGGUACCAACAAGUGUCCAAUGAGGAGCUUGCAGAAGCGGCGAAACGCCUGCCGGCGAAGAAAGCCCCGGUCCGGAUGGAAUACCGAACGUGGCGCUGA